AUGAAGUUCUCCGUGAUUGUCCCCGCGCUGCUCGCCAGUCUCACUCAGGCAUGGCGGCCUGAGGACGGUGACCUGGCUGCAUUCAACAUGACGGCUCGCUUUGAGAAGCUUGGAAAGCGCUUCAAGCCCGGCCUGCCAAGCGGAAUCAACAAGAUCCGCGGCGUCAACUUCGGUGGCUGGCUUAUAGGCGAGCGCUGGAUGAUGACCAACGAAUGGGACAACGUCAUGGGGUGCGCCGGCUCCGCGUCCGAGUUCGACUGCAUGAAGGACCACUACUCCGGCAGCAACCGGGAGGCCGGAAACCAGCGGUUCGAGAACCACUGGCGGGACUGGAUCAACGCCGACACGGUGCAGUCGGUGCACGACGUCGGCCUCAACACGAUCCGCAUCCCCAUCGGCUACUGGUCCUACGUCGACAUCGUCGACAAAGCCAGCGAGCCCUUUGCCGACGGCAACCGCAUGCUGCCCUACCUCGACAAGGUCGUCGCCAAGGCCGCCGACCUCGGCCUCUACGUGAUCCUCGACUUCCACGGCGCGCCCGGCGGCCAGCAGGAGGACGUCUUCACCGGCCAGGACAACCACCCGGCCGGCUUCUUCAACGACUACAACUUUGGACGCGCGGCCAAGUGGAUGGCCUGGAUGGCCCGCCGCGUCCACACCAACGACGCCUACCGCUCCGUCGGCAUGAUCGAGGUCCUCAACGAGCCCGUCUCGCGCCACGACGCCAACAACCGCUACCCGGCGCCCGGCGAGGACCCCGGCAUGGUGCAGAGGUACUACCCGGCCGCGCUCAAGGCGGUACGUGACGUGGAGGCGGAGCUCGGCGUGCCGGACGACAAGAAGCUGCACGUCCAGUACAUGUCGGCCAAGUGGGACGCGGGUAGCGCGCGGGAUGCAGGCGCGGUGAAGGCGGACGCGCGCAUCGGCUUUGACGACCACAACUACGUCAGCUUCGGCUUCCCGGACAGCCAGCGCGGCGACAAGUAUCAGCUGAUGCACCGCGCGUGUACCGACUCGCGUGUGGUUGGCGGCGAGGACUUUGACAUCACGGGUGAAUGGAGCAUGACGUCCAACGUCGACUGGCACGACGCCGACUUCUUCAAGAAGUGGUUCACCGCCCAGCAGCAGCUCUAUGAGAAGCCGGGAAUGUCCGGAUGGGUGUUCUGGACCUGGAAGACGGAGCUCAACGACCCGCGCUGGACGUACUCCUACGCGACGUACCUCAAGUACGUUCCCACGGAUGCUGCGGCCUUGGAGCACAAUGUCUACCAGGACGUCUGCUCGGCUUUCAGGUAG